AUGGAUAGUUCAUUUACCUCGGUUUCUUACUGGAGUAGUAAAAUAGGAACUACAGAACCAGCUUUAAGAUUAUUACUGACUGUUUUGUAUGGAUAUCCUUUAGCGUUAUUAUUUAGGAAAUGCGUCUUCAACAAAGCACCCAUCGCACAACACCUGUAUUUUAUUACAACUGGUUUAAUACUAGGAUACUGGAAUUAUGGAAGUGAUAUUUGCCACUGUAUAUAUUCUACAAUUUUUACAUAUUUCACAUUAGUAAUUUUGAAGGGCACUCUUUACUCCGUCGUUAUUACAUUCGUUUUCAACCUGGGAUAUCUGAUAAUCGGAUAUUUCUAUUGGAGUACUGUAAGUUACGACAUCAACUGGACUAUGCCGCAUUGCAUUUUAACAUUAAAACUAAUAGGAGUCGCUUUUGAUUUGUACGAUGGUCAUCAACCAGUCGAAAGUUUGUCUGCCGAUAGCAAAAAAUUGGCUCUUGUACACCCACCAAACAUAUUCGAGUUGUUUGGAUUCGUUUUCUUCCCGGCCGCUUUCCUAAUAGGUCCGCAAUUCUCAAUGAAGAGGUAUUUAGAAUUUAUCGGUGGACAUUACAAUAACGGCGACGAACCUCCCAACAGCGUACCGGCGGCCGUUAGAAAGCUUCUGUUCGGUUUGUUCUACCUCGCGGUGUUCCAGCUACUAGGAUUUUUCGUUACCGAUGAUUAUUUAAUAUCCGACGCGUUUGGAAAUCUGCCUUUUUACAGGAAAAUGAUACUGUUGGGUAUGUGGGGGAGAUUCACCCUUUACAAAUACAUAUCCUGUUGGUUGCUCACAGAAGGCGCUUGCAUUCUAUUCGGAUUAAGCCAAAACGGCAAAGACGAGAGAGGCGAAACGCGAUGGGACGGGCUCGAGAACGUCAAGCUUCACAUAUUCGAGAACACCACCGAAUUUAAUCACUACAUCAAAUCGUUUAAUGUUAACACGAACAAUUGGAUAGCGCAGUAUGUUUAUAAAAGACUGAAAUUCUUGGGCGAUCGGCAACUCAGCCAGAUUUUUUCGCUGUUGUUUUUGGCCGUGUGGCACGGAGUCCAUUCCGGAUAUUAUAUGUGCUUCUUCUUCGAAUUCGUUGUCAUGUACAUGGAACGAGACAUAAAAAGCAUCGUAAAAUCGGACGUGUACCUGAAAAGUUUCUUUGCCAGCCCGAAAAUCCAGCUGCCUCUGCAGAUCGUACUGAGAAUGUACACGUUCGUGUUCAUGGGCUGGUGCGUGAUACCUCUGGUGUUCCUGCAAUAUCCCAGGUACUUCCCCGUCUACGCGAAUUGCAACUACGUGGGGGCGAUUCUGUUCCUGCUGUGGCCCGUCGUUUACGCGCCCCUCGUGCGGUUUUUGCUGAAGAAAUACGGCAAAAGGAACACCGAGAAGGCCCAGUAA